AUGCAGAUGAAAUUUCGCUCAGGAUUGGAAGAUAACAGUAAAAGAAAGGAGAAUCUGGUAGCUGAGAUGAAGCAGGAACUUAGCGGCUUCAUGAGAGCUGUAUUAGGCAAGGAAAGAGCUGCCUCCGAUGAUGAAAGGCAAAGAAUGGAUCAAGCACCUCUACUACCAACUCUACCACUGAAUCAGAGACUACAGCUUGGAACAGACAACAGUAGAACUGCGAGGAGAGAAACAAGUAAGAUUCUGGUACCAAACCCUCCUAGAAUUGAUUUACCUAUGUUCAGUGGCGAGAAUCCGAGAGAAUGGAUUAGGAAACGCAAUAAAUACUGUCGAAAUUACCAAAUUCCUGAAGAUCAAAAAGUAGAAGUGAUAGAAAUGUAUUUGGAAGGAAAGGCAGAUAACUGGUUCCAGGGGAUUAAGCUGGAAAAACCAGAUCUGACUUGGAAAAUGUUUGAGGAAUGGUUGUAUAGAAAAUUUGAUAAUAGAAAUGGAAGAGAUGUGGUAGAGGAAUUCAAUAAACUUAGGCAAUCAGGCAAGGUGGAAGAUUACCAGGAAAAGUUUGAAGAGCUAAAAAUCAUGAUGAUGAUUAGAAAUCCACAUCUAGAUGAGGAGUAUUUUGUAUCUAGUUUUAUCAGUGAACUUAAGGAUGAAAUCAAAACUAUGAUCAAAAUGUUGAAACCUAUGAAUCUAUCAGAAGCAUUUGAACUAGCUGCACUGCAGGAAGAGGCACUAAGACUUCAAACCAGGACCUUCAAGGAGGGGGGAAAAGCUGUCUUUGAGGAUAGGUUGGGAAUUUCCAAGAACUCGUCCCCACACCAGAUCCACAGCUCUCAAUAUAGGGUGUCUUCCACCAGUACCUUUAGAAAUACCCCAUUCAGAGGCAAACCAGUGUCUAUGGCAGGAUCAGAAACUAGGAAACUCUCAGCAGAAGAAUUACAAUACAGAAGGAACAAUGGCCUUUGUUUUAAGUGUGGAGAGAAGUUUGGACAGGGCCAUCAGUGCAAGCCUGGCCACCUGAACCUUCUAGUUACUGAGGAAGAAGAGGAAAAUGAGUUUGAGGAUGCAGUAGGGGAGCAAGAUGAGUCCACAGGGAAUCCAGGACAAGUCAUGGAGAUGUCUUUACAUGCAUUAUCAGAGGCCAUGAAAAGAAAGACAAUAACACUAGUAGGAAGAUGGGAUGGGGAGGAGAUGCUCAUACUAGUUGACACAGGGAGCUCAGAUAGUUACAUUAGCAGUGAGAAGGUGAUUGCAUUUGAUAUCCCUUAUUGGCUAGUGGAACCGUUUUCUGUGGUUGUGGGGAAUGGAGCAUGUGUGACUAGCAAAGCCAUUUGUCCCAAGGUCACAUGGGGAAUUAACCAGCACCAAUUCUGUUUUGAUCUCAAAGUAAUGGAUUUAAGUGGGUGGGACAUAAUCUUGGGAGUGGACUGGAUGACUCACUAUAGCCCCAUUACUUUUGAUUUCCAUCAACUGACCAUAUCCCUGCAUAAUCAGGGUGAAACGAUACAACUGAGGGGACAAGCUGAAGACUGUGAUUUGGACCUUAUUAGAGGAAGUGAUCUGAGGAACUUCAUUGAAUAUAAGAAGAAGAUGUGUUUAGCUUUAAGGAUGGGACAUGAUAAGCUGCCAGAAGAAUCUGGAAUGCCUGCUGAGGUUCAGGAGGUCCUUGGAAAUUUUCAUGAUGUAUUUCAGACCCCUGUUGAGUUGCCUCCUCCCAAAGAGAUAGAUCAUGAGAUUCCACUGAAGCAGGGAGCACAGGCCUUCAAAAUGAAACCAUAUCGAUAUUCUCAUUCUCAGAAAGGUGAGAUUGAGAAACAAGUGAGAGAAAUGCUGCAGCAUGGGAUAAUUAUACAUAGUAACAGUCCUUUUGCUUCUCCAGUGCUGCUGGUCAAAAAAAAGGAAGGAACCUGGCGCUUCUGUGUAGAUUACAGGCGCCUGAACGAAAUGACAAUUAAAGACAGGUAUCCCAUCCCAAAUGUAGAUGAGCUGAUCAAUGAACUGGCAGGCUCAAAGUACAAAUCCAAACUGGACCUCACUUCUGGCUAUCACCAGAUCAGGGUCAAGCCUAAGGACACCCAUAAAACUGCUUUUCAAACUCACUGUGGUCACUAUGAGUUUCUAGUCAUUCCAUUUGGGCUGACCAAUGCCCCAGCCACAUUCCAGUCUCUUAUGAAUCAGAUAUUCGAGCCAUACUUAAGGAAGUUUGUUCUGGUUUCUUUUGAUGAUAGUUUGGUUUACAGUGCUACACUUGAGCUGCAUCUGGAACAUCUGUAA